UUCUACAGCAUCACGGGGCAGGGCGCAGACACGCCCCCCGUGGGCGUCUUCAUCAUUGAAAGGGAGACGGGGGCGCUGAAGGUGACACAGCCCCUGGACAGAGAGGAAAUUAGUAACUACACGCUCUUUUCCCACGCGGUGUCUGCCAACGGGCUGCCCGUGGAGGACCCCAUGGAAAUCAUCAUCACCGUGACCGACCAGAACGACAACAAGCCUGAGUUCACCCAGCAGGUCUUCACCGGCUCCGUAGAAGAAGGAGCCAAGCCAGGGACCUCCGUGAUGCAGGUGACGGCCACAGACGCAGACGACAGCGUGAACACCUACAACGGGGUGCCUGUGUACACCAUCCAGGAGCAGAUUCCCGCACAACCUCAAGCCCAGAUGUUCACCAUCGACCGUGACAAAGGCAUCAUCAGUUUGAUUGCCACGGGGCUGGACCGGGAGUACAACGCCGCGGUGCCAGAGAACGAAGUGGGGGUGCUGGUGGCCCGGCUGCUGGUGUCGGACAAGGACCAGCAGGGCUCUCCCGCCUGGAGAGCGGUGUACGAGAUUGUGAAAGGGAACGAGGGGGGCAUGUUCUCCGUCAGCACAGACCCCAGCAACAACAACGGGCUCCUGAAAACUGCCCAGGGCCUGGAUUUCAAGACCCAAAGGCAGUUCGUCCUGCACAUGAUCGCAAGGAACGAAGUUCCCUUCUCGGUGCCUCUCCCGACUUCCACCGCCACCGUCACGGUCGAUGUUCAGGACGUGAACGAAGCCCCGGUCUUUGAUCCGCCUGUCAAAAGGGCCGUGGUCUCGGAGGACUUGCCUGUGGGACAGGAAGUCACCUCCUACACGGCCCGGGACCCGGAUCGGAACCCGAAUCAGAAAAUCACGUACAGCAUGGGGAGCGACCCUGCCGGGUGGCUGGCCAUCAACCCCGAAAACGGCAUCAUCACGGCAAUCCUCCCUCUGGACAGGGAGGGCAGCUUGGUCUCCAACAGCACCUACAAGGCCAUUGUCCUGGCGGUGGACUCCGGGCAGCCCUCGGCCACGGGCACGGGGACCCUGCUCUUGACCCUGGAGGACGUGAAUGACAACGGGCCGGUGCCAGAGCCGCGGGAGUUUGAAAUCUGCGGUCGGAACCCGGUGGCCCAGCAGUUGGCGAUCGUGGACCCGGACCUGCCCCCGAACACCUCUCCCUUCCAGGCCGACCUGGUGCACGGCUCCGGCUCCAACUGGACAGCAACUGUGAACCAAGGGGGGAAGAGCCUGGGCUUACAGCUCACCAAGACCCUGGAGCCCGGGGAAUACAACAUCUUCCUGCAGCUGACGGACAACCAGGGGAAAUCCCAGGUGACGACGGUCAAGGCCAAGGUGUGUGACUGCGAAGGGGAGGCCAGGAACUGCGAGAGGAGAGCCACCAUGGCGGGCGGCAUGGGGAUCCCAGCCAUCCUGGGGAUUCUCGGGGGGAUCCUCGCCUUGCUGAUCCUGCUGCUGCUGCUGCUGCUCUUCGUGCGGCGGAGGAAGGUGGUGAAGGAGCCCUUGCUGCUGCCGGACGACGAGACCCGGGACAACGUCUAUUACUACGACGAGGAGGGCGGCGGCGAGGAAGACCAGAACUACGAUCUGAGCCAGCUGCGCCGCGGCCUGGACGCUCGUCCCGAGGUCACCCGCAACGACGUCAUCCCCACUCUCAUGCCUGCCCCGCAGUACCGGCCUCGCCCCGCCAACCCUGAUGAGAUCGGAAACUUCAUCGACGAGAACCUGAAGGCGGCUGACACGGACCCCACAGCCCCGCCCUACGACUCCCUGCUGGUGUUCGACUACGAGGGCAGCGGCUCCGAGGCGGCCUCGCUCAGCUCCCUCAACUCCUCCACCUCCAACCAGAACCAGGACUACGACUACCUGCAGGACUGGGGCGGCCGCUUCAAGAAGCUGGCUGACAUGUACGGCGGGGGCGAGGAGGAGUAGAUGCUGUGAGUGUGUCCGGGCUGCAGCUGGGCGGCGCGUGCGAGAAACGUUGCUGCAGCCCUUUCCGCACAGACCAAGAAAGUCGCUGCUCUUCCCAAGUGGGCUGGACGGCGGAAAUUCCCUUUCCUUAGCAGACCAAAGCACCACGUGAAUCUGUCGCAGCCCGGGCUCCCUUUCUUCAGCCCCUGUGGUCCAGCCACAGCCAGCCAGUGCGUUCCAGGUGAACAGGGGCAUCCCGAUUUCCAUCAACCAAGAGCACUGGCAGCAGCCUGCCAGGAGUGAGAAUUCUCUCCAGACCAUGCUGCACUUUUACGUGUUCGCUGCCAGGGCUACUGGAGUUAGCCACCCACCAUUAUCCAAUUCCUCAGGCUCCAGGCGUCACCUGGUUGAUUUAGACACCUUCACCCUUUCCCAGGUCCUAAGACUCAGGGAUUACUCAUCUGCUGAUUUGCAGGAUCUUUUUACUAGUGAAAGAGCCUUACACAGUCAGAUCUCAAAGCUCUAUUUAUUAACCGGUACCAAACCAGAAAGCACAUGCUAAGUAUACAGUGCUCACUCGCCACUCUCGGUAAGGGAGAGGAACUUUUCUUGAUGCCAGUCAGGGUUAGGAUCUCUGGGGACUUCAGCUGCUGCAGAGUGAAACUAGCAGGGUGCUGAGGUCCAGCAGUUUUGGAUCUUGGGGCUGUCUGUGUUGUGGAGUUGGGUCCAAAGACAUUCCCUGGACGCUCAUUUAUAUAGUGAAACUUGAGUCCUGCUUAGCUCUACCUUAGCCAGUCAUUUUAUUCAAGUAUUACAGAAUAAUUCUUUGUCCAAUUCUAACAUUGUGAAGUAAUUCAUUACCCAGUCAUACCCCAGCACCUUCAUUGAUUUAAUUCUUGUAAAAUUAAUUAUGCAACACAGAGAAGCAAUAAAAGAGCCAGACAAAAACCACCCAGCUAAACAAUAGAGAAGUGGGCACCUGUGAUAGGACUGUUUCCAGGCGCGUGCAGACAUGGGCUGCUCUCAAAAACACGGCCAGGCUCGGCAGUUACCCGGCUCUGUUUCCUCUCCUGUGGCUCGGGAUCUCCUGGCUGCUGCUACUUCCCCCAGCUGGCCAGAGGCUUCCACUUGCUGGGCCCACAUGGCUGAGCACUCACAGGCCCCUGCCUGCAGAAUGGAGUUGCGCCACUUGGGUGGUGGGCAGCACUGGCUCAGCCUGCCGGGCAUUUCUUGCUACAGACUUCCCACGACGGGAGCCGGCUAACUCCUGGGGGCUCCUCUCCUCCGGCUGCACCAUUAAAAGGUCCCCAUUUCCCCGGUGCUCUCACAGUUCCAAACGCAGGCAGCCCAGCGGUAAGAGCCCCUCCACCAGGGUAUGGGGAUUUGUUCACUUUUCAGCACAGCCCAUUGUGUAGUGCAAUGCUGCACGAGCCCGGCAGUGGGUGUGUCUGCCAAGUAGCUUCUGAAGCACAAGUGUGAAAUAGCCCCUUUUCUGUCUGUAACUGUGGGGAUCUGUUACCUCUGGGCCGCCCUGGGACACGGUCGGAUUGCAGGGGACUCAGCCACAGAGAUUUUGUUCCGAAUUUUCAGCUGCCACUUAUUUUGAAUAUUACCGGUACUGUUAUCCAAGAGCUGCACUUGGAUGUGCCUAGCCCACAAAGACCAAAGAGGAUGGCAGCCCUCUUGGUAAGCAGUCACUGUCAUUGAAGACGUCUGGGCCCCCAGGAAAUCCUCAGGGAUUCACACCCUUUCCUAGAGGGGAACCCCAGGACUCAGUUCGGGAGCUCUGCUGCCAGCCUUUGUGUUGUGUUGUGUUGCAAAUACCUUUGUGUGCUGGUUUCAAUGAACCCAGCCCAUCUCUGUACCGGCAUUUGUGCAUUCUUGGAACCUGAUGGUACUUUCUGUGUUGUGAUUUUCCAUUUCUCUGAAUAGAGUGCAGUCUUCUUCCCCCACUCUCUCCCUCCUUGCGACACACCCCUUACCUCCUCCAGGAAAACUGGAUUUUACACCGACUCCCCGUAAAGCGCUGCUGCAACCCGCUUCUCUUUGUUGCUAGCGAGGGCUGUUGUUCAUCCUCUGCUGACUGGAGGAGUGACUCUGAAGGGGUGUGGCCUCGUGCCAUUAGUGCCUAGAAUAAUGAAUGCAUAAAUUAAUGCAAUGUCUAACGCCUGCCAGCCCAGUCUGAGGUUAUAUUUUUGUAUAAAGUUGUUCAUUCAUAUGUCUGAAUAGGGGAAAAAUGAUCUAUAAAAUACCAGCCAAUACCAAGCCAUUUUCUUUUCUUCUAUUAUUUAGCUUAUUUAAUAGCUACAAGCUGAUUUAUAUUUUUCCAUAAUGCCAGAUUGUGACUGCUUCCUUCAGUAUGUUCUCCAGUGUUCCCUUGAAUCUUUUCCAUCCAUGUGCAGAAUAAAUUGGAUGUGCACCAGCACAUGGAUGGAUGUGCACCACCAGUAGAAACAAAACACCCAGCUGUGGGCGCUCUGCUAAUCAGCAGAGAGAUGAAUCUCUCCCAAGGGGCUGCACAAGUGCAUAGCUGACAGGAAACAUUGGUGUUGUCUAGUCUACAAUAUUUGCAGUGUAACUAUUGUGCAUUUUAAUGAAUGGAGCUUUAAAAAAAAAAAAAGCUUGAUCUGGUUUCUAAACUGUAUCUUUGGUUGCCUUAAUAUUUUGUACCUUUCUCUGACGGGGAAUGGUGGGACCUAAAGCAAGCUAAGGAAAAGCAAUCGUUUUGUGUUAAUCUGAGUCUACAUUUUUAUAACAUUUUAAUAAAUUUGUUUUUAAAAAUACUUUUAUUUACCA